ACAGAGCCAGACAGAUAGAUGAUGACCGGCUUCUCCCGAACCCACUUUUGUCGGCAUGCGCUUCCUCUGCCCCUGUCUCAAAGUGUUUGCGUCAUCAACCCACUUGAUCGAUCUGUCUGCCUCUCCAUUCGCUCAGGCCGUCUCCUUCCUCUCAUUCUUCCCUUCAGGCUGUGGCUGUUUGGGAAGGUCGAAGAAAUCUUCCUCGAGUGUGUAUGCGUGCGUGUCUCCUGGUCGCCGGACCCCAAUUUGAGGCGCAAGGCAGCCGUUGGAACUCUUAGAGAGGCUAGCUUUCAGCAUGUAUUUGGCGAUCAGUGGCGUGCAAAAAGCACGGUGCAAUCGCUCUUUGCCACGCCAUCGCUCUUUGUGAAGCACCAGCACGGUUGACUGCACGAGGCACAUGACCUGUAGGCCAAGACAUACAUGCGCGUGAAUCACCGCAGCAGCAUGGAGGCGUAUGGAUAGCUAUUGAGCUACCUGGUGGGCCUGGCUGCCUUGGGGGAAGCUGGAGUGGAUGGUGAUGGAUGCAGGCAUUAGGUCAUCGGCUCGAGCGUUGGUCGGGCCGCCAAAGGUUCGCUCCCCUUUCGCCACGCACUCCUUGGUCAGCUCUUCGAGCUGCGGCCAGGCAUCGAGGAGGUCGAAGAAGAAGCGUGUGUCAAGGUCCAUUGCCUCCUGCAACCCCUUUCUCUCCUUCACGAGGUGGAGUGUCAUGUGGUAGCGCUUGUCGCGUUUGGCCUCCUUGUCCUCGACCUUGCGGACCUCAAGGUCAAUCUUGCCAGGAAUGUCAUUGCCAGUGACGUUGCCGGUGUCCAUGUCCUCGAGUUCAUCGAGCAAUUCCUCAAGAAGGUGCGAUCGAAGGAUGUGGGUUGAAAAUAUUGCCGUCUGCGUAUUCUGCAGCUUUCUUGUCAUUUUUCUGCAGCUGUCGUAUCUCUCUUUGCUUGCUUUGGGAGCGAAGCGGAAUCCGAAACUCUGGUACCAGAAACCUGGAAUGGCACAAGACAGAUCGACAAAGAACGGGUGCCAUGACUGCUAAACUGUGCCUUUACAUAUCCGCGUACCCACCCGCUUUUUGUAGGGUGUACAAAGCUUUGAUGCUGCUGGCGUCCUGUUACAGCAGACCAAGGGAGACAGGCAGACUUGUGAGUAUACAGGCUCACUCCCAUCGUAACCUUGAUGAUCGUUUCCUUGCAGCCCCACUCAGCGCCAUACGUAUCAAGGAAUGCAAGCAAUGCAACCAAGAGCGUGUUGCCGUUGAGUUCCUUGCCUUUGUCCACCCUUAGUUACCAGAGACGAGAGAGAGAGAGAGAGAGAGCAUGACUUGUGCUUAUCUGUGCUUAAUUCGCCUACCGGUAGACUUCACAGACGCGCGUCUCCUUUCCCCGAUCCAUGAGGCGCAAAAGGCUUACGCCAUCUCCAGCGGGCGUCAUGCCCGCUGCGCUUAACAUGACACCGAACCAACGCCCGACGGGGAUUCCCUGGACGGCCCUCAGUGCGACCCAAUUCUCGGACUCCGAUGAUUUCUGCAAGAGCAGGACCACAUUCAGAUGAUGUUUGCCCUUGAGGUUGGACUGAAGGCGGCUGCUGAACUUGUCGGACACAUCGACAGAGCAACUACAUCCAUGCAUUGCAGCCAGCGGCCAAGAAAGUCAACACAAGAAAAGCAUCUGUCUGCAUCAAAGCAGCUCAUGCCUACUCAUGCCUUUCCUCCUUGAAGUUUUUCUUGUCCACCUGAUCUCGAUUGGGUCCACAGGGAAGCUCACGGGCGGGGAUGAACAGCUGGGCCCUUCAGUGGUCUUUUCCACUGAAGAGGAUAACAACACGUGGCCUGCACCGCCCUCCAGCUGACUGAAAAGGAUCAGGGCAGUGCAGAGCGACCAUGCACGAGAAUGGACGACCAUGCCUGAAAAUCCCGAUUCCCAUUCGUAACCCUCCAGCUGACU